UAAGUGUACCAUAUAGCCGGACUGGCCAAAACAUUUAUGAUUUUUCAUCAAUAGCUUUUCAAAGUUUGAAAACAUAGCGUGUACUGCUAUUUUUUGCCUUUUACAAGUGUAGCUUGUAGUUGGACUAUAUUAAAUAUAACAAUGAGAAGUCGAUCCAGUGCUGUUGACUCUUUCCAGGAUGUUGGCCCCUAUUCGAUUAAAACCAGUAGGGACCAACAAAAAAUCUUAAUUCAGGAGAGGUUGUUGUGUGAAGGGCUUAUUGCUGAAGAGAGGAAUAUGUCAACGUUUAACGAAUCCCAGUGUGUGAGGAUUUGGGACAACAUCAUGUGUUGGCCGCCUACCCCCGCGGGUCAGCUAGCCGUUCGACCUUGUCCCAGCCACAUCAGGAAUAUGGACUACUCCCAAAAUGCCUCCCGUCAGUGUAUGGAGAACGGCACCUGGUUUGUACAUCCGAAUCAUAGCUCCUGGACCAACUUCAGCCAGUGCGCAGGAUCAGGAGGCAAUAAACAUUUCUCAGUUCCGCCUUUGUAUGAGAAAUAUGCAGAAUCUGUUCAGUUUAUGUGCAACAUUGGGUAUGGGUUGUCUCUCGGGUCAUUAGUCAUAGCCGUAACUAUCAUGGUCCAUUUCAAAAAACUCCACUGUGCGCGCAACUUCAUCCACAUCAACCUGUUUGUGUCGUUCAUCUUGCGAGCCACCAUGACUUUCAUCAGAGACAAACUUCUAGUGAAGUUCGUGGGUUUCCCCGGUGACGUGAUAAAUGAAAACGGCUUCAUUAGAUUUAGAGAUGACGUCAUCCACUGGGAGUGUCAUCUGUUCUUCACCCUAUAUAACUACAUCCUGGCCGCCAGCUACAUGUGGAUCUUUGUGGAGGCCCUCUAUCUACAGAUACUCAUUUCCGUUUCCGUUUUCAUGGAGAAGAACCGGAUCAAAUGGUUCAUGCUUCUGGGAUGGUUAUUUCCACUGACUUCCAUCUUGCCAUGGGUGCUUGUUCGCAUUUUAAAGUAUAACGAACUUUGUUGGAAUAUCAGCAAAAACAAGCUUGUCAUGUUCAUCAUUUAUGGUCCAUUUACAAUCACAGUACUGAUUCAGGUUAUCAUUUUCACCAACAUUGUUCGAGUUUUACAUACUAAACUUCAUGCAUCAGCUGGGCAUCAAACAAACAGCUUCCGGUAUAGACGUUUGGCUAAAUCUAUCCUCAUCCUGAUCCCGCUGUUUGGCGUAUAUAACAUCAUCUUCUCUCUGAACUACGUGAUGACAACAUUCGACUAUAUAGACGAGACCUCCAUGGCUUUUUUUAUUCUGUUUUUCUCCGAAUUGUUCUUUAACUCGUUUCAGGGGUUCAUCCUCGCCAUGUUGUUUUGUUUCCUGAACGCUGAAGUACAAGCAGAAUUUAAAAAGGUUUGGCAUCGUCAUACAACAAACUUGACCGGAAGUGUUAGAACAACACGAACAUUUAUAUCACGCACGCGCAAUUCCGUGAAAAAACCUUCGACGUCCAAUGGAAACGUGUCGCCUCAUAGUGACGUCAUCAGUAGUACAAAAAACGAACUCGAUUCAGAGUUAUUAGCUAUUUUUAAAAAGGACCCAAACUUUGACAAUGAUAACGAAAUCCGGGUUGUCGACACAGAAUUCACUGAGGAGCAUUUUCCCAGCAUAAACAAUAACAAAUCAAUUUCCGAAAAAUGUGACGAUAAACUUUGACACACUGACGCGCAUUUUCUUUUUCGGACAUGCUUGUCACCCAUAGUACGACUUGACUACACAUGGAAAAGCAACUAAGUAUUAUCCAAUGUAGAAGCUUUUGAAAGAACUUCAAUGGAAAAAGAAAGAUGGAACUGGUACCAUAUCGAUGUUUUCAAGGUUCUUCAAUCAUGUAUUUUACUUGACUAAAUUUUUCUUUGGUGUUUGAUUCUUGAAUCUGUUGGAAGUCCUUCAUUCGUGAAAAAAAAACAUGAUAUCAAGAAAGAAUGGAUUUGGUGGUUAACUAGAUCAAUAUAAACACUUUGUUUUUGCCAGGAAAUGGAAAAAAUUACAUGAGAAAGUUAUACUUUAAAUUGUUUGUGUUUAACAUGUAUCUACAUGCAUGUCUACGUGAACUCGUCUGUACACUUGUUAAAUGGUGUGCAAUUUUUUUUCUAUUAUGACAGUGAAGCUAGCGGAUGGUGCUGAUAUUUUAUGAGAACGGCGUUUAAUGCUUGUUGUUAAACAUUAUGUUAUGUAUGAACUUUUUCAUCAACAAUAGAAUAUACUUGUUUUUGUGUCCAUGUUUAUAAAUUAUGUAUUUCAACACCUCACAUCGAAAUUCAAUGAACAUUUGUAGAAUAAAAAUGAAGUAAUCAAUAAUA